UCGCCCGGAUCCGGCGCGUCACAUUCCGAUCCCAUCGACUUAUUCCACCAACCAUUAAAAUCAAAUCAGACGUGCAAUAAAACUUAUCUCCUAAUCAAACAAAUAACAAUAUGUGCCGAUAAAUCAAAACAAAGAAUUUUCAAGCGAAUAACGAAUAAUUCCAUCAUAAAAUCAAUAUCAGAUACCGCCAAGUAGCUCUCCACUCCCGAUUGUCCUCAAUUAUCUCUCCCUUAUCUCGCCGAAAUGAAUAUCGCAUAUAUAAGCGCCAAAACGGGCCACCAUGACUUGAACCAAUAAACAUGAAAAAUGCAGAAGCUGUCCCCGUCACCAGAAAGGUCCCUCCGGACGGAGGCUACGGCUGGGUCAUCGCGCUGGCCAUGGCCCUCAACAGCUUCAUCUAUAUACCCAUGAUGCAUUGCUUCGGGCUCAUCUUCAAGGACACGUUCGCCGAACUGGGUCUGUCAGCGGCCCAGGGCGCCCUCAUCGUCAACCUCCACGCCGCCUUCGGCAUGCUCACCGGACUCCUCAACGGGGUGCUGCUCAAGAUCUGCGGCUACCGGAAGAUCGCGUUUCUGGCCGCCGUCCUCUACUGCUCCGGGGUCACCACGACCUCCUUCGCCCGGAAAUUCCAGCACUUCAUCAUCUCGUACGGACUGGUGGCAUCACUGGGCUUGGGCAUGUGCCGCUCCUCCUACAGCCUGGCCAUCAACACCUACUUCAAGAAGCGGAGAAGCAAGGCCAUGGGCUUCGCCGUCACGAUAAUCGGCUUCGGCCAGAUCGUCAUCCCCCAGCUCGUUAACUUGCUGAUGAAGUUCUACAGCCCCCAGGGAGUGGUCCUGAUUUUCGGCGGAAUAUGUGCCCAUUUUUUUGUUUCAGCCAUGCUCCUCCAGCCCGUCAAGUGGCACAUGAAAGAGGAGGAAAUUCUCGAAACAAAUCCAGAGAAGGAAGAGAGACCUGAGUGUCCCGAUACGGAAAUCUGUGAUAGCCACCUCAGUCUUAACGAGCACGCCAGAAAGAACACCCUCCUCAAAACCAUCGUCACCUUCUUCGACCUCGACCUCCUCAAAGACCCCAUUUUCGUCAACAUCCUGAUCGGGAUGGCCCUUGCCGUCUUCUCCGAGCUCAAUUUCAACAUCCUCACCCCUUUUAUCUUGAACGAUUACGGCUUGAGCACCGACCAGAUCGCCACCUUCAUGUCCACGAACGGGCUCGCAGACAUUACUUUCAGGUUUUUAGCCCCCUACGUCGGAGAAUACUUGAAAAAACCACCCAGAUGCAUUUUCAUUUUCACUUUGAUUAUGUUGAUUAUGAUGAGAUUUGUUCUUUUGAUGUCGACGGAGUAUUACAUGCUACUGAUAGCGGCCACGGGGCUUGGGAUUGCCAAAGGGAUCCGUAGGGUGUACGUAGGGUUGAUCAUUCCGACACACGUCAGUCUGGAGCGGUUACCUUCGGCUUCGGGGAUGGAAAUGAUGGCUAAUGGGUUUUGUAUUUUGACUGGAGGGGCUAUCCUGGGGGUAGUGCGUGACGUCACAGGGAGCUACGUCGCUUGUAUCAUCAUCAUGAACUGCGUCACUUUUGUGACGAUCGUGUUAUGGACUGUGGAGAUGGUGGUGGUGAAGCACAAGAGGCACAAAGGGGAGAAGGUGCAACAGGGUGAAGAAAAUAAUCCCCUUAAUAAAAUUUGAAUGCGGGGUGAAUUUGUGAUGUAGUAGAAUUUAUGUAAAUAAAUAUUAGUUUAUUUAUUGUAUUAUAAGAUUUUAUAAAUGUUAUUUAAAAGUA